AUGUUAAAAAUCUUAUUUAUAUGGUCUACAAUUCUCAUUUUACAUCUUAUGGAAUUUUUAAACUUUGGACCAGAGAAAUAUAUCAAGGAAUGUGAUAUUGUAAAGUACCAACUAGCAAACAACAAUUAUCAACUAUGUGUUGAACAAUGGCGAGCUAUUGAAGAUUAUCCAUACGCACCUCAAGGAUUAACACUCAAAGCAAAAGAAGCUAAAGAAAUCGCUUUUAAGGAAUUGAAUGAAGAAAUCCAAAAUUAUCGUCAUAAUGGGAUCUUACCUUUAGAUGAAUCAGACAACCAUCAUCCUUGUAUUACUCCUGAAAGCUAUAGUCAAUUUAUUGAUUUUAAAAAACCAAAUGAGGAUCAUUCCCCUCCCGAAUCAACUUCAUCACGUCAUUCAAGAAAUAUACCCAUACUAAGGCUUAAGGAAGAUGGAAAAGAUGUAUACAUACUAGAGAGUGGUUUAGUAGUUUUAGUCGAUGAGUGGGAGAAAACCCACAAAUACCUUGAACCUGAUCAACCUUGGAAAUUAUCAUAUAAUAACUAUCAACACUGUCUAGAACAUUGGAAACUCAUCAAAGCUAAUCCUACUCCACCAUCAGACCUGUUACCUAAAGCUGAAGCUGCUAUGGAAAAGGCAUGGAAAGAGUAUAUAAAAGUUUCAAGAAGACUUCGUGAUCAUCGGAACAUCGUUUCUGAAUAUGGAGGUCAUGUGUAUAAUGAUGUGAAACAUUAUUCUUCUAGAUACUGGGCAAUGUUGAGGUCGGUGGCUUUGCUAACGAUGGGUAGGACGAAAAAACCAGCACAGGAUAGUAAGAAGUUUGUAACAAACCAGAGAGAAACCAAAUUUACAACAAUCUUGGUACAUCACUGUGAUAAACAGGCCAAUAGUUUCUGGAUUUCAAGUGGUUACAAUCCUCUGGAUAGGAUUCCAGCAUAA